CUGACGAUUUUUUAUCCCGAAAGAAUAACGGUGUAAGCACGAGCUGCUUAACCAGCUGAAAUCUAUUGACAGAGAGCCAUUGAUUCAGAGGAAUUUAGAGCAACUUGACGCUGCGUAACGGAAUCACAUUCACUAUGAAUGAAGCCAGAGCUGUGACCGCUGCGAAAGACUCCCACAGAAAACAUUCUGCAAACUCUGCCCACUGACAUGCAGGAAAACGCCAAAAACCACGUUUAUGAAUAUUUGAUGCCAGAUUCUGAAACACAUCAGUGACAGAUCCGCCAGACAAACACAAUGACAGCCAACGCUCCACAAGACAAGUAUAAUGCUGUAUGGAUCAUAUUCUUCAUUCUGGGCCUGGGAACUCUGCUACCAUGGAAUUUCUUCAUGACUGCUACCAUGUACUUUACCGACCGUCUGAAGGACUCACAGACAAAUGGAAACCACAAUCUGACAGCUAAUGUGACGGCGACAGAUCGUAGUGUCCUAGAGUCAAAGUUCAACAAUGUGAUGACCUGUGCCAUGGUACCGCUGCUGAUUUUCACCUGCCUCAACUCCUUCAUCCACCAGAGGAUUCCUCAGAAGCUGAGGAUCUCAGGCAGUCUGUCUGUCAUUUUAGUGGUGUUUCUCAUCACAGCUGUGCUGGUGAAGGUGCAGAUGGAGCCCCUGCCGUUCUUUGCGUUUACUAUGAUCAAAAUCAUCUGCAUUAACUCGUUCGGGGCGAUUCUGCAAGGGAGUCUGUUUGGUUUGGCUGGAAUGCUCCCAGCGUCCUACACCGCGCCCAUCAUGAGCGGUCAAGGCCUGGCAGGGACGUUCGCAGCCUUCUCCAUGAUCUGUGCGCUCGCCUCGGGCUCAAAGCUGCAGGACAGCGCCUUCGGUUACUUCAUCACAGCCUGUGUGGUUAUUCUCCUGGCCAUCGUUUCUUACCUCGCUUUGCCUAAAAUGGAAUUUUUCCGGUAUUAUUCUGAGAGCAAUGGCUCCCGAUCCAACGCUGAUGAGGAAAACAAGAUGGAUUUGCUGAAACCAGAAGGUGAAGCAGAGAAGAGGCCGGUCCUGAGCCUGACUGAUGAAGAGAGCAAACCCGCCGUGUCAGUGCUUGGCAUCUUCAAAAAGAUCUGGGUGAUGGCUCUUUCCGUGUGCUUUGUUUUCACCGUCACCAUCAGUGUCUUCCCCGCCAUCACUGUUGAUGUCAAGACCACUGUUGUUGAAGAGGGCAGCGGUUGGAAGACUUAUUUCAUCCCGGUGUCCUGCUUCCUCCUGUUCAACCUGAUGGACUGGGCUGGCAGGAGCCUGACCGCUGUUUGUAUGUGGCCCGGUAAAGACAGCAUCUGGCUGCCCGUCCUGGUCAUCGCACGCUUGGUGUUCGUUCCUCUCUUCAUGCUCUGUAACGUUGAGCCCAGACACUACCUGCCCCUGGUGUUCGCUCACGACGCCUGGUACAUCAUUUUCAUGAUCCUCUUCUCCUUCAGCAACGGAUACCUGGCCAGUCUCUGCAUGUGCUUCGGACCAAAGAAAGUGUCCCAACAUGAAGCAGAAACCGCAGGGGCCAUCAUGGCCUUCUUCCUCUCUCUUGGCUUGGCUAUGGGAGCUGGGUUAUCCUUCGCUUUCCGAGCCAUGAUCUAGAACCAUGGCCUAGUUCUCAGUAUGAUGAAGGAACUUUAAACCUGGAGAGAAUGUUUUCAUACUGCACAUGUAUCCGCUUGCCUGUUUGUCCCUCUUGUGUAUUCUUGAAGACGUGGAACUGGAAUAGAACGUAUUCACACAGGGAUUAAGAGAGGGACCGUCUUCAUCAACGUUAUGAUGUUAUGAGCAUCAUCAGACAAAAAAAACGAGCCAAAAUCUGUCUGCAACUUUUUUUAUAUAUUUUUUUGUAAAAUGUGCCAAUUCAGUAUUUAGCAAUAAUGUAUUGUUCAAGUUAACACCUUUCUGUUUUAGUUAUUUUUAAUGUUUUUGUAGAUAUUAACAGUUUUAUUAGUCGUGGUUUAGUUUAGUGAUGGCAGAGACAUGCAGCUAUCAGGGCAGUAGUUUUGUCUUUUUUUCCUUUGCAAAUGUCUAAAAAUUCAAAAUGACUUUUUGAUAUGACAAAGUCUUGUUUUCUGAAAAAUACAUCAAGGUUAAGUGAGUUUAUGCUUAAAACAAGAAAAAAAAAUCAGUUCAUCAGAGCAUAAACUCAACUAAUUUCAACAUCUCAAGUCAUUUUUCUCAAGUAAAUGUCUCAUCAUUUAAGAAUGUUUAGAUAUUUGUACUGAAAACAAGACCAGACUGUUUAAGGAACUAGUUCUUGCAGUGGUUCUAGAUAAAUCGUACUGUAUUACACCAUUAAAGGGCCCCAAUUUGAGUUUAUAGAGGCAUUUUGAAUCAUAAGAUCCAUUCAGAUGUCUGCUGUUUAUUUUGUCAGCUGCAUGUAUUUGAUUUGAACUUGCUUUCAAAUAAUGUCCUUUUAGCACAUUUUGCUGAAGUUUCUCAUUUGACCUCAUUAUUUAUAUGUUUAUUUUAUAACAGCUUUUUUUAUUCAUGUGUUUAAUGCAGCAUGUAUGAUACAUUCUAACAUCAAGUAAAUGCACAACUUGCUUUGGUGCCUUUUGAAUGACAAGUUUUCCAAAAAAUUGGCAAAUAGAAAUGUGUAGUCGGUGGACAGGUGUGACUGUGAAUUGAAAUAAACACAUUUCUGUUUGUAA